AAGAUCAACGGAGACUCCCUGUCCCUACAUACUCGUCGUCACCCACGCACGCGCUUCAGCUUCAGCUUCGUCCUCGUCUUCGUCUUCGUGUCAUCGUGCGUGUGUGCGCUUGGACGGAAACGGCCUCUCAUCCUCCGACGACCCAGACUCGAUCCACUCACCACCACCGGCUUAUUCGUUUAUACGGAAACAGAUUCAGCUUCUGUGCCUGCUUCAGCCAUGGCCAUGCUGCCCGUCGUCGUCCGCAUGGCCGCCAUGCCCUUCAUCUUCCUUGUGCUCCUCGCGCACACCGCCUCGGCACAGCCCGACGCCGGCUGCAACGGGAUCCUCCUCACCUACACGCUGCAGCGCCGGGACAAGAUCAGGCCUCACGUGGCGGCGCCCAACUCCCAGCCCUACUCCUUCAGCGCCAGCGCCACCGUCGUCAACGCCGGCACCCGCCCGCUACGCUCCUGGGCGCUGCUGCUCACCUUCGUGCACGGCGAGAUCCUCGUCUCCGUCGACGGGGCCGUGCUCACCUCGGGCGCCGCCCUGCCCUACAACACCACGGCGGGGGACGCCGCCGGCAGGCCCACGCCCACGUCCUUCACCGGGUACCCGCAGACGGACCUCCUCACCCCGAUCGCCACGGCCGGGGACCCCGCCAAGACACAGGCCACGGUCAGCCUCGUAGGCACGCUCUUCGCCGGGCCGGAGCCCUACGUCCCGCUCCCCUCGUUUCUCUCGCUCGCCGACCCUUCCUACACCUGCCCGCCGGCCACCAACGCCACGUCGUCGCCGACGAACCUCACCACCUGCUGCGUGUUCACGGCGGGUGGGGACCCCACCGGCGGCCUGGUGGAGAGUGGCUUCCUCCCGCGCCGCACCGGCGACCUGGUCAUCACCUACGACGUGCUCCAGUCGUACGACACCACCUACCUAGCGCUCGUCACGCUGGAGAACGACGCGCUGCUCGGCCGCCUCGACGCCUGGCAGCUGUCGUGGAGGUGGGAGCACGGGGAGUUCAUCAGCUCCAUGCGAGGCGCCUACCCGCGGGAGGUGGACACGGCCGAAUGCCUCUACGGUCCCCAGGGCCAGUACUACAAGGACCUCGACUUCUCCAAGGCGGUGCUCAACUGCGACCGCAGGCCCGUCGUCCACGACCUGCCGCCGUCGCGGGCCAACGACACGGAGAUCGGCCGGAUCGACCACUGCUGCCGGAACGGCACCAUCCUGCCCAAGUCCAUGGAUGUCGCGCGCUCCAAGUCGGCGUUCCAGAUGGUGGUGUACAAGAUGCCGCCCGACCUCAACCGGACCAAGCUCUACCCGCCCACAGGGUUCAACGUCACCGGCGCCGCGUCCGCGCUGAACCCGGAGUACGCGUGCGACCCACCCAUCUCGGUGAGCCCGUCGGAGUACCCGGACCCCAGCGGGCUCACGUCGAUCACGGUGGCCGUGGCGACGUGGCAGGUGGUGUGCAACAUCACCACGUCGCCCAAGAAGCCGCCCAGGUGCUGCGUCUCCUUCUCCUCCUUCUACAACGAGUCGGUGGUCCCCUGCCGGACGUGCGCGUGCGGCUGCCCCUCGUCCGCGCCGACCUGCAGCACCACGGCGCCGGCGAUGCUGCUGCCGCCGCAGGCGCUGCUCAUGCCGUUCGACCGGCGGGCCAGCGAGGCGCUCGAGUGGGCGGACCAGAAGCACCUCGGCGUGCCCAAACCCAUGCCCUGCGGCGACUUCUGCGGCGUCAGCGUCAACUGGCACGUCGCCACCGACUUCACCGGAGGAUGGAGCGCGCGCCUCACGCUCUUCAACUGGGACGGCACGGACAUGCCGGACUGGUUCACGGCCAUCGUCAUGGACAAGGCGUACGACGGCUUCGAACAGGCCUACUCCUUCAACGCCACGGGCGUCGGGAACAGCACCAUCUUCGUCAGGGGCGCCCAGGGCCUCAACUUCCUGCUCGGGGAGAGGAACAUGAGCGGCGUAGAUUACCCGGUGCCCGGGAAGCAGCAGUCCGUCUUCUCCUUCACCAAGAAGAAGACCCCCGGCAUCGACAUCAUCGCCGGGGACGGCUUCCCGUCCAAGGUCUUCUUCAACGGCGACGAGUGCGCCAUGCCAUUGAGGAUUCCGAGCCAGGGGACCAGUGUCGUCGUCCCUAUGCAGCUGUGUUUGCUUGUUUCCGCUUUCAUGUUAUUGCUGCUGUAAUAAUAACAUUUGCGAUUUUUGCUCAUCAUAGCUAUUCAUCUAUGUAAUUUUUUUUAUUAAAAAAAUCAACAGCUCUAAUUCAGCAAU